GGGGGCACGGGGAAACCCAAUCUGUCCAAACCGGACCUGAUGCUCUUUCCACCGCAGAGGCCACCGAAAAGAGGUCGAGUGUGAGACGGUGGUCUUUCAGGGCUGCGGAAGAGCUAGACGCCUCCUUCACUUUUUUCUGUCACUUUUUUCCCUUUUCUUUUUUAGAGUUUGUGUGUAGAGUUACUAGCGGCGCUCUUCUCACCUUUAAGAAGCUGUCAUCGGGGGAUUAGAGUUACGCGCAACCUCGCUACACCUUUAAGAGGGUUUAGUUGUACGACCCAGCGCAGCUCAGUGUCUGCGGGAGGCUCCCAGCAGCGCGACGCCCAUCCCAAUUGACUUCUCUCCCCCAAAAGUUUUUUCUUCCUGAUUCCGCCCGCUUUUUAUCGCUCUAUCUGUUUGGCACGCCGCGGAGGAACGAGACACCAUGGCUGAGAUGGGUAAAGAGACGGCGGGCAAGGAGCCGGCCAAAGACAUGGGCAAAGGAGUAACGGCGGGGAAACUGGCGAUCAACAUGCAGAAGAGGUUAACCCGAGCACAGGAGAAGGUCAUGCAGAAGUUGGGGAAAGCUGACGAAACUAAAGACACAGCGUUUGAGGAGACCGUGGGCAACUUCAACAAACAGAUGGCAGAGGGAGCCAGGCUUCAGAGGGACCUGAGGGGAUACAUGACCGCCGUUAAAGGGAUGCACGAGGCAUCUAAGCGCCUCCAGGACUGCCUGGCUGAGAUGUAUGAGCCCGACUGGUUUGGCAAGGAAGAGGUAGACUCCAUGGCUGAGGACACAGACAUGCUCUGGAUAGACUUCCAUCAGAAGCUGGUGGACUCUGCUAUCAUUAACAUCGACAACUACAUGGCCCAGUUCCCCGACAUUAAGAAUCGCAUCUCUAAGCGAGACAGGAAGCUGGUGGAUUACGACAGUGCCAGACACCACAUGGCCUCCCUACAGAAAGGCAAGAAGAAGGACGAAGUCAAGAUCAACAAGGCAGAGGAGGAGUUGGGGCGCGCUCAGAAGGUGUUUGAGGAGAUCAAUGCCGAGCUGCAGGAGGAGCUACCUACAUUAUGGGAGAGUCGCGUUGGCCUGUAUGUUACCACAUUCCAGAGCUUGGCGGGGGUGACUGAGAAGUUUCACAACGAGAUAGGAAAGCUUAGUCACAAUCUGAAUGAUGUCAUGGGCAAACUGGAAGAUCAGCGACAUAUCAAACAUGGGGGGUCAAAAACUUCAGCAAAGAGUGAGGACGCUGCCAACCACAGCGCAGAAUCCGGCUCAGUUCCCAAAUCACCGCCUAAGUCGAGACCGCCUGGUCCGCCAGUGCCUCGGCCCCCCAGGCCAUCGGCGUCCAGAGAGCCCCUACAGGACGACUCGCCCGAUUUGUUUGGGGACAAUGUCUCCACGACGACGACGCAAUCACACGACGCCAACACCACACAACAGGUCAGACAGCGCCAUAGGAUAUCUUCCUCAACAUCUUCUUCAUCUUCAUCAAAGUCUCAAGAGUCGCCUCCUUUUCCUCUUCCUCCAAGUCUUCCUCACUGUCCCUGGGAGUUCCAGUUUGUCUUUGUCAUGUUACUCUCCUGACUGUCUUGUAGUCUUCAUCUUCCUCAGUGAACCUGUGAUCCCCUCAUCCUCAUCCUCACUGUUCCCUGAACUGGCAGGCUCUCUUUGUUGUGCUCUUGUUAUACGGACUUUAGUAUAUCAUCCUCAUCCUCAGUCUAUCUAUGUCCCUCAAAGCCUCUACUUCUCCCUUCUCUUCCUCUUCAAUAUGUGUCUGCCUAGACCAGUGAUGCUCAGUGUUGCCAGAGGUGUCGUGUGAUCACACCCAAAAGGUUCUCAAAAGACGCCAGAAUGCGCCAAAUUCCGCCCAAUAUCAACAAAUUGCAUUGACUUCUAUGGGCAUUAAACUGCAGAAAAAAAUGCCAAAUGGCCAAUUUUUCCCGUUUUUACCCGCAGACGGCCAUCCAAAGCAGCCCAAUUCGGCGGGUAACCGCCCAGUCUGGCAACACUGGUGAUGCUCAAUCUUUUUUGAAGAAACGCACCCCUGGACCUCAUCAUAAGCCUCCCAACGCCUCUUUCCACCCAGAACUUUUCCUUCUCUGAACUCGUAGUUUCUCUUAGUUAUGCUCUUCAUCGGACUUUAGUGUAUCAUCCUCAUCCUCAGUCUAUCUACGUACAGUACCUCAAAGCCUCUGCUGCGUCCUCCUCUUCCUCUCUCCCCUUCUUCUUCCUCUUCCUCACUGCCCUCGGAGUUCUAGUCUUUGUCUCUGUUGUCUUUCUGUAGUUAGUGAUUCUGUAGUUCCCUCUUCCUCAUCCUCCUGCACUUGUCAUCGGACUUCCAGUUUCUCGUCAUCCUAUUCUCCGAACUGUAGUCUGUCUAUUAUCAUCAUCUUCAUCCUCAGCUUAUGUUCCUCAAAGUCUCUACUGCCUCCUUCCCUUCCUCUUCAUCCUCCUUCCUCAAUCUGUGUCUGCCUAGACCUGUGGCUCUCAACCCUUUUUUGAAUAAACGCCCGCUGGACCUCAUCAUAAGCCUCUCAACGCCUCGUUGACCUCACCAUAAGCCUGCCAAAGCCUCCCCUUUAGUAUCGAAAUACAAAAUGGACUACUGCCCCUCAAUAGGCAACUAAACACAGGUCCUCUCAUCUGACGUCUUCUCAAAGCCUGCCUAGGUCUCCCCAAUGCUUCCCGAGGGGGCUGUAGAGCCCCCGUUGAGAAACAAUAGCCUCUACCUCCAGGUGAACAUGGUUGUGUAAUUACACCAUCAGCCACUAGGGCGCACUGCUGAGCAACGUUGGGUGCUCACGCUUGUUUACCUGGAGUCUGGACCUGUCUUUUUGGUUUAACUAAAACUAAACUAAGCAAU